UAUCCUCGCCCGCUUGCUCCCCGCUUCCCUACGAAUCGUUUCUCCUGUCCUGGUAUUCAUUUUUGUAUUUAUCGCUAGCUGUUCUUGUUUCAAACGCUUCUAGGUGGUGGAAUCUGGGGAUCUGCGGGUGUUUCUAGUCCGAGUAUUGUUGAUCGUUAAUAGAUCACUCGAACCAUUUGCUACUGCAACUCAUCACGGAAUUCUCGUGGGCUAUUCAUUAUCCAGGGCGAGUCGUUUGCGUUUGCUCGGGGCUAAAAAUGGCGUCUCGUAGUUCAUAACUCCCUUUCCAGCGCCGCGGCAUGUAUUUUAUGUAAUUUCAGCAUAAUGUUGGCGGUUUUGGAGAGAUUAAGCAAGCCGUUGCCUUUGAAUCGUUCUCGUAGUUUAAUCCGAUUUCUAUGUUUUUUCUUCGAAAAAAACGAGCUAGGAAUUCAUAACUUGGAGAAUCUGCUUGGAUUGGGGCUCGUGAGCGGCAUGAAUUGCAGCUGAUAAUUGGUACGGGAAACCUGCAACUCUUUUUAGUGCCGAAAAUUCCCGGUGCUUUUUUUUUGGCUGUAUUAGGCGAUUCCUUUGAUUCCGAGAGAAAAGGUCGCAAUACUCGAGUCCGGUUAUUUUUUUCCAGACACCGGGUUAAAAAAAAACUCGUCCUCAUCUUUUAUUUUAUAUCCAAAAUACAAUCAUAUCCUGCUCUUGCCACUGCAGUUUCGUCUUGUAUUAUGUGGGCGCGGAUUAGUUAAUGAACAGAGCUUAGUUCCCACUCUACGCGAUGGAUGUACUAAGCGCAAUCAAGCCUCUUAACUUGUUCGUAAUCGUACCUGUGCCGGCAAUUAAUUUUAACACGCCAGUAUUACUUUAAUCCCUCGUUAGAUGUGCUCUCGCGCCGUAACGGCGACGGUGCUUCAGACAACAGACCCCGCAAUAACUGCCAAUUAGAAAAUCCUUACAGCUUCGGUAUUACCGCUAGGGUUUCGUCCGUCGCCGCAUCGUUAUUGGCGGUAGACUUCGAAAGUCUGCGUGCCAUUAAUUGCUAAACGCCGAUUAGCCGAACCUGUCCAUCAAUGGGCACAUUGAUGGGGGUGGAAUUAAAAAGUUGCCGCGUACACUUGACUUGGAAUCCCAGUUGCAAAUGCAGGGUACGGCAGUACACACGGGGUUUUUUUAACCGAACAGGAAUAACCAGCGCGUGGAACUGUCAGUGUGAAACGGUGGGGAAGGGGGAUUUGGUUUCGGUCUUUAUAGUGGUGGUAUGGUAUUAAUGCGAGUGGGUGGAGGGAAUUGAAUUGGAGACCACCCGCACCUAACCGGGGCAUCGCAGGUCAAAUGCCGGUGGGCCCGGUAGUUUAGUGGCAGGCAGGCCCCUCGCAGUCCACCACGGGGCAAGGGCAGUGACAGUGAGAAGGGUGGUGCUGGUGCUGGUUGCGCCUAUGCGUUGUAUCUUUUCCCGAUACGGUCAGGUCAGCCAUGGGGUGCUGCUAGUGCUAGGGGCCAGCUUGCUACCACAAGUGCGCCUCCACUCCCUAGUGCUUUGAUUGCUAUCCAGCGUCUGGGCUUUGGUUGGCUUCGAAUUGAUCUGUGGAUGAAUGGGACAACGCGGGUGUGUCUGCUGGUACUAGUGUGGAGACGUCGCUUUGCUCCCCGCCUUUUAGGCAGGGUUCUUGGAAUCUUGGUGCAGGACUGCGGGCCGAGUGCGAUGGAGGCCUUGUUGAAUGGACGAAACAGGGGUUUAUAAAAAUCUUCUGCAGGAAGUGGCUCAAAGAGUUGGGGCGCCAUUGCCAUUGUAUACAACAGAGCGAUCUGGCCUUGGCCACCUUCCGGUUUUCACAUGCACAGUAGAGCUAGCUGGUAUCACAUUUGCAGGUGAUCCUGCUAAGAAUAAGAAACAGGCUGAAAAAAAUGCUGCUUCAGCUGCAUGGUCAGCACUGAAACAAUUGGUACGCGAGGAGGUGAAUUCAUCCAAUGAGCCAGAAAACAUUGAUGAGCAGGAGCAGAUCAGGAUCGCCCGAGCCCUCCUCAAUUAUCGCUUGAAGGAGAAGAUGGCGAUGGCCAACUACCCUCAUGUUUCACCAUUCCCCAAGAAAUUUCCCAUGCAGCAAGAGCGGAAGCCUUGUUUGGGUCAAUCUUGUCAAUCCAGCCACUCGAAGAUUCUCCCUUUAUUCCGCCCUAAACCUAAUUCAAGACCAAAGUCGCCAGCAUCCACCGACGGUGUGUCGAAAACGCCUGGGCGGACGGUUGAGAGCCUAGUAGAUCAAAGUCCCAGGUCAAGAUUUCCAGCUGCAGAGGCAGCUCCCUAUGUGCCAGUUGGGCACUACCGCCGUAUACCUUGCCAUAACAUGGCUCCUUCCGUCACAAUUAGGACCGCUGUUCCUGUCUUCUCUGCUCCACCUCUCCCACCUCCCCCUGCACGCCUGCAGCAGCUCCCUCCACUCAUGAGCCACCCACCGCCCAUUCGGAUGGCAUCCCCAGUCCGCAUGAGGCCAGCGCCAGCCUCUCCAAUGUUUGCCUCCUCAUCUCCAGUUCAAGUGCCGAAACCUGUGAUGCCUGUUCAGCUGAAGGAUGUGCAAGAUCACCCAAGGAAGGAAGCAGUUCCACUUCCACCUGUGAUCCCUGUUCAGGUGAAGGAUGCGCAAUGCCGACCAAGGAAGAGCUCCAUGUCUCCCGUGAUUCCUGUCCCAGUAAAGGACGCACAGCGCCGGCCUGCCGCAAUCCCAGUGCAGAUGAAGGACGUGCAAACCCAAGCCCCAAAGGAACCGCUGGCAGCUCCAAUUCCAGCAGCCAGGCCUUCAGUUAUGACCGACACGCCUGCCCAAGUCAAGGAAGCUUCAGCUGGUGCUACCAGCGAGGCGCCAUCGUCUGCUACUGGCAAUAACGCUGCUGUGGAAUGCAGUGCAUCAUCGGAAACUGUCUUGGCAAGGCAAUCUGGGGCUGCGGAUGAGGACACGCUGGUACUAAUGCGGAAGCUAAGCAUGAGGCCCGAGGCUCAAUCAGCGGCAGAGGCAGCCACCACCAUGCGGUUGGAGACCAAUUGACUUGAUAUAAAAAAAAUGCGCGCCGCCAUCUUCUCCCAGAUUUUGUAAUUAUAGCCGCCUCCCGUGCACAUCCCCGUUCUGUUUUAGUUCUUGUAUGCCUUGGGUUUCGGAUUAGGGCUGUCUGGGCAACCUGCAUUGUGGUUGGUAGGAAGGAACACCUAGUUUUUUUUUUUUUUUGGUCUGUUGAGAAGAGAGAGAGAGAAAAAAAACAAUGAGGUGGUGGUGGUAGGUGGCUUGCCCAGUGUUUUUAGUUGGAGACGGUUAUACUUCCCUGGACAUGCAGUUGGUCUGCUUUUUUUUACCCCCAAUGAUGAGGCGGGCUGUGCGGUGCCUCUAGGGAAGGAAGGAUUCUGAUGAGGCGGCAGUUACAUCUAACUUAUUAUUGUCGGUCUGCCGUAACCAUGUUCA